UAAAAAAACAAAAAAAGAUAGAAUCCGUGAUAAAACCUAGUUUUCGAGUUUUAGAAAAAGAAAUUACAAUGUUGACAAAGAAACUAAGUAAACUCGCUGAUAAAAAGGUACAAGAAGCCGCAGGCGACGAAAGUACGAGUCAGGAAAAAUCAAAGACAUCGGAAGACUCCAAAAAAGAUUUGGAUCAUAAGAAGAAAAUAGAUGAUUCAAAAAAACGCAAACAGUCUGAAAUUUCUCCAGUAAAACAAGAGACGAAAACUGAAAAAUUUAUUUAUCAUCAACCACAGAUUAUGAGUCCUGGCAGUACCGAAUACGAAGAUCCAUUCGAAAAACCGAUGAAAUCGAAAGCGGAAUCUCGUCAAAAAGUUGCAAAGCAUAAACAAACAAGUAGCCAUGUGAGAGCAAAAAAACAGACGCAGAAAGAACGCAAAAAACAAAUCGUACAGGAUCCAGAGCUCGAAAAACGCAAGGAUGCCGCAAGUAAGGAAAGCAGCAGAUCAAAAAUCGAGAAGGCUGCUAAAUUAUCAUCACGUACGUAUAAAUUAGCAGCCAUUGGCCGUAAAAAGCAUGUUUCGGAGGAACUCAGCACGAGUACAAGUUCCGAUCGAAUAAACGGUAAAAAGGAUUCAUUCGUUAGUCGAGAUCCUGACAAGAGAAGCGCAGGAUCUUCAGAGAUUUCAUCGAAUCACGUGGAUCAACGAAAAUCAAAACAAAAACUAGAUCAUGUGAGUGAAAGAUUCUCUGACGAUUUUGUAACAGAACCACAGAGGAGAGACAUCGAUCAACAAAUUGCGUUUCAUUCAACGAUGGAUAUAAGCACACAUGAAAAGGACACUACAAGCGAUAAAAAAGACAUCAAAAUAAUACAAUUUUCAGAUGAUUUUACAACGGAAACACAAACGAAAGACAUGGAACAUCAAACUGCUAUUGAAAGUGAAAUUGGACACAGUGCAUCUUCCGAUAUUGACAAAGAUCAUGUAACAUUGAAAGAAAUCGUCGAAGAUAUCACAUUUAUUCAAGAUCUAAAAUAUACACAACUAGAUAGUGAUAUUAUAUUAGAUGCAAAGAAACAACAAUUUGAAACGUCUGAUAUAGAAGAUUUGGAUGACAGCAAAAAGAGUACGAUGCCUUUAGAUUCUUCUGCCUCAGAAACAUUAAAAGAACAACAAAUAGAGAAGCCUUCACAUAUUGAUAAAAGUGAUAUCGAAGAAAAAAUAGCUUACGUGACUGAAAGACAUGAGAAAGAAGCAGAAAAAUCUUUGCAUGAAAUUGAAAGAGAAAUGUUAGAAAAAGAAAAAAUUACGGUAGAAAAUGAUACAAAUGAAUUAAAGAUGUUAGAAGAUACCGAAAAAGCUACGAAGAAGGAAGAUACAUCGGAACAAUAUAUAAAAGAUGCGAAAGUAUCGAGUGAUGUAAUAGAGCAUCACGUAGAACAAAUAGAAGAAUAUAAGAAAGACGAAUUGUAUAGCGACACUAUCGCACCAUUAUCGAAAAUGGAAAAAGAUUUAAAAGAUAUUAAAGAUGUUACACAUCCAAAAGAAGAAGAGAAAACUGUAUGUGAACAUGAAAAUGAUCAAAAAGAAGAAUUAAGUCAUGAGCCUAUAAAAGAACAGAGUGAAGAGAAAAUGCCUUUAGCAGAAAUUACAAGCGAUACUGAACAAAAAAUGAAAAAAUUAAUACCGAAAGAGAAUGGAAAAGAUUCAUCACAUGAAAUUAAAAGUGAUGAGAAAAUGAAAAUUAUAAAAUCAGAUACUGAGGAAUAUCAAAGUGUUGUGGAGAAAUCGGAAGAAAUUCCACAAGAACAUACGACUCAAGAUUCAGAGAGAAUAGGUAAAGAUAUAGAACCAACUGAAACAUUUGAAAAAUCAUUCGAUGUUAAACAAUCAUCUCAAUAUGAUUCCGUAAAUUUAACUGAUAUUCCCUGCGCAUUUUCAAUUGAUGAUAAAACAUUAAAGUAUAUUGACGAGUCUACUAGUCAAGAGGAUGAUUUAAGUCAAUCUGAAUCUGGUGAAAUAACAUGUAUUGUAAAGGAAGACACCGAGAUGGACAAACUGAAGCACUUUGAUGACGAUCUUAAAGCAAAGACAGAGAUUAAACGCCAAGAAAUUGAAAAAGAAUCGCAUGGACUCUCUCAAGAAAUAUCCACUUUGCAAGAAAUAAAAUUAAAAAAAACUAUUGAAGACGAGUCUCCCACAUCUUUAACAAAAUUAACUACUUCCAAAGAGGAAAUUACAGCUGAAGAACAAUUACAAAUUGAAUCUGCAAAAGGAAAAGAAAAAUCAUUUCUCGAACAAUAUGAAGAAAAAGCGGAAGAAAUCUCUGCAGUAAAGGAGAGACCUGAUGAAGAAAUAAAAAAGGUACUUGAUAAAGAACUUUCUACUGAUCAAUUGCCGAAAGAUACGGAUCUAGAAAAGUCAACUGCCAGUAAAUCAGAAAAAUUGGAUAAAUCUGCGACAGCUACCGAGAAUAUAGACGUUGCAGAAUCACGAGGCAAUGGAGAGCACCAAACAGACGUAAGCGUUCCAAUUUUUAGAAGCUUAAUUGAUGAUACAAUCGAUGUUUCGGAGGAGAGCGACUCAUCCAGUGAUAUUUCCAGGAAAACAACGCUGACCAUGAGACCCUAUGAUACUCCGCGCCAUCGGCAAAAGUGGCAACAACAGGAAAGCCUUGAAAUAGCCGGUAUGUCUGAAAUAAGAACUUUUAAAGAUGGAGAAGAUGCAAGAAUGGAAACAGAAGAAGAGGAUACAGGCAGUAACGUAUCGCUCGAUGAAAUUGAAAAUGUAGAAGAUUCGAUCGCGACGAUCAGUGACUCACAGGAAGAUAAAGAGGUAACGAUCAGUGAAUCACAGGAAGAUAAUAAGAAUAAAAAGGAUAGAAAUAUUGAGAUUACUACUACAUCCGACAAAAUUUCUUUCAACGGUGAAAAAAUUUUACCCGUAUAUGAUUUGGAAAAAGUAAAUGAGAAUAAAAUGGACAAAAAUAUUGAGUCAAGGUUUGAAGAAUCGGAAGCUAAUAUAAAAUCAGAUAUAAAAGAUUUAUUAACAACAAUUCAAGAUAAGGUUCUUUUAACUAUAAGUGUUAAAGAAUUAAACGACACGUUAAAAGAAAAUGUUAAAGAUGAAAUCGUUCCGAUAACAAAAGAAGAUGAGGAAUGUAAAAGUGAGAUUGCUACACCUCUUAAAAAGAUUGAAAAAGUUUUACAACAAAAUGGCAAAAGUGAAAUUAGAUCGUCUUUGAAGCAAACCGAGCAAAUAGAUUUUACAGAAGAUAGAAGAAGAGCCGAAGAUACCAAAGUAAAUAAAACAAGAGAAAAAAGUUCUCUGGAUAAAAUCAAAACUAAAGACAUCGAAGUAGACAAAAUAAAAAAUAAAGACAGUAAAAGCGGCACUUUGGAAAAGUAUGCUGGAAAAACGGAACUUUUCGAAGACUCUGCGAAGAAAAAAAGGAAACCUGAGCGACCGAAGAUGCCUUCGCCCGGAGAGAGAAAACGCAUUCUUGACGAAAAGACAAAAGAAAAAGCUACACCAAGUCAUUCUCAUCAUCGAUCUCGUAAAUCCAUCGAUUCAGAAAAGAAAUUUAGAGAUGACGGAUCGCAGAAACAACCAUCACGAAGCGAAGAGGAGCAUCUGCAAAAACAAGCGUUGCCUUCAAAAUCCAAAUUCAAGAAGGACAAGAAAUCUACAAUUCCCCCGAAAACUGGUGAGAUCGACACGAGUAAAACGCAAUCGAAAUACAUGGCCUGGUAUAAUAAGAAACGCGACGAGGCCGAGAAGAAGAGACUGGAAAAGAAGACGGAAGACGAGGACCAGUUACCGCGUUGGGUAAGUAGAGGUUUGAAACAAACAGCGAAGCAAAAAGAAAAGAAAGACAUAGAACACAAGACUCCAGAGAUGACUCCGCGUACGAGACGCAAGAUUAAGCCUUUAAUAAACGUCGAGUCCGAGCAGCUGAAGGCCAUCGUGCGCCAAGGACGACGCUUAAGAAAAGCCGAGGGUAAUCUCGAGGAGGAUCCGCCGAUCCAGAUAUUCGCCCGAACACCGCCGAUUUCUACGGACACCCAGCAUCGUUUGCUGCAACACUCGGAGUAUAAAUAUGAGAGGAUACCGCCGCCCUUUUACCUUCAUCCACCCCCGCCAGCGCCGCAUCCAUCGCCGCAACUAUCGCCGGAGAUAUCCCUUGAAACACAACCAUCCACAUCGCAAUAUGAGCAACCUGAAGAGCUGCGUUCGGAGAGCAUCGUUGCACCGGUCCAAAGUGGCACUCGUCUACGUCAUCAACAGCUUCUUGAAAAAAAAAGCGUUUUCGAUAUUGCAUACAGUGAAGCCGCGCCAUCGCAACUCCGAUCCGACAGUGCAACUCCACCGUCUUAAUUCUCUUGAA